AUGGAGAGCCAAACGAUAUCUCUAAUUCUUCACACACACAGGAACCAAAACCACCAAAUAUUAUUUUUUGGUGUUGCUGGCAUUUAUUUACACACGCUUACUUCCCUCCUCCUCUUCCCCCCCCUUUUUUUUUUUCGAGACAAGAGUUGGUGCCGCUCUUCCGGUUUUAGGUUUGUUGGAAAAAAUGAAACACUUGGAAAAAAAAGAGAAAAAGGGGAAACAAGAAAAAUUGCAACAGCAACCAAUCACAUAAGACAUUAUCAUUACCUAUGUUCGUUUGUAUGUGUGUGUGUGUAUAUAAUUAAAUUAAUGCCGUGUUACAAAAUUAUAACAGAGCUGUACAAACAUAUUCCUUUUUUUUUUUUUUUUUUUUCCGUCUCAAUGUACGGGAACAAAUCUUCGAAGACCAUACGGUUUAUGCCAAUACAUCAGAUUUGGUCAGAUUUGAUUUGA